CGCGACCACAAUGCGAUACUUAGUACUGCUGCUAUCAAAAUCUCACACUCGAGCCGUCGUUGGGCUUCAACAAGUCAUUAAUUACCGUGGAACCCGCCGGGUCUCCACUCAACGAGCCCGGUUUUCUUCUCUUUUUUCCGCCGUCUUCUCUUUCUCGGCCGAUUUCAGUCUCGCCUCCCGAUGAAAACGUCCUAUCACUUCUCGGCGGAGCCCAUGGACCCAUCACAAAGUAGGCCUAAAGAAAAUAUUUUUCUUUUCUUUCCUCUUGGCCGUUGGUCCGUGGUCGGUAGUUUGCGGCCGGGACUUGUCGGUGUGGAUGCCAUUCGCACCGGCGGGUGGGACGAUCAAUGGGAAUCGGCUUGCCCUGGUCGCCUGAUGCCUUUGUGUCUCAUCGCCGGCCGUUCCGGGAUGCAGGUUUCUCGCGGCAUGGCAUGUCACAACGUAGUAUGGGAAUUGCUGCAGGCCUCGGUCGGCAUGGGUGGGUUCUGCAACAGCAAAAAACCGCUCGCAAGUCACGCACGACUGGUCUUUUUCUUACCAGUGGAUCGUUUUCUGUGCAACGUGAGGUUAUUCGGCAUGAACCGCGGGAGCCUCGGCAUUUGGCGACGGAGCGUGCAUUUCUUUUUGCUCCGGCUGUUCAGGUUGAGUGUUGUUGAUGUCCGCGGAGGCUUCGGGCCACUCCGGCCUCCCGCCGGCCCCGAGCUGCCGAAUCGGACAUUGCCAACGGAAAUUAAGACCAUGGAUGCUGGUUACUGGCUACUACUUGCUUCUGAUAUGCGUAUCGUAAUCUGCGUCAUGCUGAAGAUGUCAUGCUUGUUCCAGAGCUUCGAAGUGCUCACUCUGACCAUGCAUGAACCUAUUGGGUCCUCAAACCGACACGUUGUCCACGCGUUGACUUGUCGACGCUGUGUCCACGUAGCGAGCCAUGCAGCUUCACAAGUGCACAGAGGAUGGCGACACACACUGGCCUUGGUUGAACAAUCCAUGCCAACGCAAUACGCAUAUUACUGUAGUCGUGGCCCUACGCCCCGCAGUUUCGAGCGGCCCAUCGCUACUUAUGCGGACUGGAUCGACAAGGCUGGUCACUGCAUGAGUCUGGCUGUGACCACCUGGCCGAGGCUGGCGGAUGAUCCUAAGCUGGGGUGGUUACUCUGAUGGCCGAAUGCAGAAAGAUAAUGUCUGGAGACCAAAGUUUCAACGUUAUGCUAUCAUCUCUUGAGCUUCCAGUAUGCAGAUUGACGAUGCUCCCGUGGUGUUGAGUACGGAGCACCCUGCUCAUGACAUCUCCCCUUUGGCCAGCAACAUGGCUACCUAGUACGAAGUCGUUGAGUACAAGAGCAAAGUAUUGACGCCGAGCGAGGAACCAAUCACUUGUGAGCAAAGUGUAAAG